CCUCCUACUUUCUAACGGAAACUACCUUCCUGAUCAUCAUCAUUAUCAUCUUCUUCUUCCUCCCCAGAUCCUUAUAUAAUUCCCAUCGUCGUCUUUCUUGGUUACCCGCCAUUGACGAAUCUGAUCGAGCUUGAAUAGAAGUUGGUUCUUUUUCUCUCUCUUCGAUUUCACUUUGUUGGGUUUUGGUGGGUUUUUAUCAUAUGUGCACGAGAGGCCACUGGAGGCCUGCUGAGGACGAAAAGCUUAGGGAACUGGUUCAUCGCCAUGGACCUCAUAAUUGGAACGCCAUAGCCGAAAAGCUACCAGGAAGAUCCGGGAAAAGUUGCAGGUUAAGAUGGUUUAACCAGUUGGAUCCUAGAAUCAACAGGAGUCCAUUUACAGAGGAAGAAGAAGAAAGGCUUCUGGCUUCACAUCGGAUCCAUGGAAACCGAUGGGCUGUGAUUGCAAAACUUUUUCCAGGUCGUACAGACAACGCAGUGAAGAAUCAUUGGCAUGUCGUCAUGGCUCGCAGGUACAGGGAAAGAUCAAGGUUGCAGCUUUACGCCAAAACCUUAAUUAAUCACCAUAAUCAUCAUUCCCAGUUGCUCGUCAAACAAUUACAAACUCAAUCUCGAACAACCAAUCAAGACAAAAAGCAAGGAGUUGAGUUUUAUGAUUUUCUUCAUGUAAACACUGAAUCAGGAGAAACAAGUGAAGUUACAGACAAUUGUAAGAGGGAUGAUGAAGACGUUGAGCAGGAGCAAGCCAGUGGUGUUCCAUUCAUAGAUUUCUUUUCUGUUGGAAGCCAAACAUAACCCUACAUUAUUAUAUUACUCACAUCUCAAAAGUAGUUACUA